CCACUAUUCAGUGCAGUGCUGGUGUCUGCCAUAAUAGGAGCCAGUGCCUGGCUUUUCUAUUGUGUCUGCCAGUGUAUGUUGUGUUUGUUUUUCUGAAUAGCAGGCUGAAUUUGGAUCUAGAGCACACAACAGAUGGAUAGUGAGUCAAUAAGUUUGUCUCUUUGAAAACUCUAAGUCAAGGGUGAUUUACGGCAUUGGAUUAAUUUCUUCCAUUAAGCUCUUCGCAUCUGUGGUAUCAACUUGAGGCCCCGAAAUAACCAGACCAGAAAAAGACCCAGAGAAAGGGUCAGGAAGUAAGUUCAGAGCAUCUCAAGAGUCCGUCUGCAGCAGGUGUCUCACUCCAUCCCUCCACUUAAGACUACUUUAAAGCACAAUGGAAGGCACCCGAACUUCUCUCUGUCUGUUUCUCCUGCUCAACCAGCUGUCAUUCUGUCCUACUGAUGCCGACCGAGACCAAUCAACCAUGCAGCCGUAUUUGCACAAAACAGAAGAUCAAGGAGGCAGCUCAACCCCUGCUGUGGAGCCCAGCCUCACUACCAUUGGCCACACAAACUCACCUGAUACAGACACCAAUGGCACUCGUGCCAACUGCUUGAUUGACACCGAGAUGGGUCUGAUUGCUAUAGGUUCAGCAGGGGGGCUGAUUUUGUGCCUGCUAGUUGCCACCAUAGUAUUGGCAUGCCAGGUUUGCCUCAUUCAAGGCCGUGUUUACGCCCCCCGAACCUCCCGGUCCAACAUGGACUUUGUGAGCGGUACGGGCUACUGGGGAAUUGACCGGCCGGAGGUCGGAGGACUGGUUGGGCCGUGUGAUUCCAGUGUCAUGCUCGAGGAGGUGAAAGAAGACAGCAAGAUGGAGAAAGAGGGACAGGCUGAAAUACGAGAGACAAGGGAAGAGGCUAGGGCAGGACUUGAGGAAGGGGCUACAAUAAUGGCUUUUGAUCCUGAAGGGAAGGCUUAUCAGAUGCAGAGCUCCAGCUCCAAGGACUCCAGUCUGGAGGUUCCCAGGGAUCUAGAGGACAUGCCCCUUGUUGUGUAAGGAGGUAUCACAAACCAGUCAGUUCAACUAUUGUGUUGUGGUUUAACUUGGUAUUUUUUAUUGGCAUGUUUUAUUUAUGUUCCUUUUCCAAUAUAUUUUACCUCACAGAUCGUUUGAAAUUUGGUAUAGUGGUGCAGAUACAAUACCUUAGUUAUGGUACCCAUACCAAAAAAAGAUAGUUUUUCUAUACCUUACUUUGAGAAAUAUAAAUAGUUUUUUUAAAAAUGGUUUUCAAUAAGGAAAAACUCUGCCCCUAAAAAAAACCUUUACAGGGAGAAAAAAAUAGAAGAAACCUCAGCUAGAGCAGCUGAGGAUUUUUUUUUAAUAAUUAUAAAUACUUUGAGAAUAUUAGAUUUUUUUGUGAUAAUAAUAUUAAUAGUGCUGCUGACUGUACUACUCCACUAUUCUUCCUGGCCAAAUCUUUGGUCAAGAUGUAUUGUUGGCCAGCUUAUUGUCAGACACAAUAAACAAAUAUUUUAAUAGAGAGUGAAGUGUACAUUUUUCACGAUACUUAGUAAAGUAUAACUUUUAAACAUCUAACAUUUUAUGCUACAUAUUUAAUAUUUACUGUAAGACUGCUUAAUUUGGCUAAAUUUUCUGUUUUUACAACAUAAAUGAGUGAACACAAUACAUUUAAUAAACAGAAAAAGGUAGAUCAACAAACUUUUAAAAGCAUCAAAGAUAUCCCAAGACUAGAUAUGACACCAGGGACCUUAAGUUCUGCCUCAACCAUGUUGAAAUGUCUGCUAAUAGUCCUUGUUGUAUACAUCUGUGUUAAACUUUCCUUUUGUCUGUGAUAUUUUACCUGUACUGCAGACUUUCCAAUACUACUGUUU